CAGUCCCAGGCUUCCUCGUCUCUUUCACGUCAGAGGCAGGAAUCGACUGUACUCAGGCUGUUGGCUCAGCACGCAGAGACGGAGAAGGGCUCAGACGCGCAGUGAGAGAAGAGGGGUCCUCCCUGACCCGAGGAAUUACCACUAGUGGAGUAAAGCCACCUGACUUUUCCAGCUUAUUUUGGUUGCCUCCUCUUUCUCCUUCCACUCUAGCCCUGCCAGCUUGGGUUUCAUUUCUUUCGCGGAGCCUCCUCUGGUCCUCCCGGGAAAGGAGGAAGGGAAGAGAAGAGAGGAGAGGAGAGAGGUGGGCUCUCUAGGUGAGCGCAGCAACUGGCUCCAGCCCGCACAUUCACGAAUUCUCUUCACAGGAAGCUCCUCCAGCUCCCCUGCCGCCCACCCCCAGCCCGGGUGGCCGUAUCAUCAUUACUGCACAGAGCAGGUCUCUUUGGGCAUUAGGAUUAAAGACUGUGUGGAAAACAGAAAACGCCGAGGACACCAUCACUUAAGGCUAGUCUUGAACCCGGAACUCUACUGAGAGGAUGGGGGCAGACGGGGAGACAGUGGUCUUGAAGAACGUGCUCAUUGGCGUCAACCUGAUCCUUCUGGGCUCCUUGCUCAAGCCCUCAGAGUGUCAGCUGGAGGUCACCAUGGAAAGGGUCCAGAGACCAGCAGUGGAGGAGGAAGGAGGCGCUGCCAGCUACAACGCAUCCAGCAAGGAACAGCCGGUGGUCUUCAACCACGUGUACAACAUCAACGUGCCCCUGGACAGCCUCUGCUCCUCGGGGCUGGAGGCCUCGGCCGAGCACGAGGUGAGCCCCGAAGACGAGGUGCUGACGGAGUACACGGGCCAGACCUCGGACCACGAGAGCCAGGUCACCUUCACGCACAGGAUCAACCUCCCCAAGAAGGCCUGCCCGUGUGCCAGCUCGGCCCAGGUGCUACAGGAGCUGCUGAGCCGAAUUGAGAUGCUGGAGAGGGAGGUGUCAGUUCUGCGGGACCAAUGCACCAGCAACUGCUGCCCGGAGAGUGCGGCCACAGGACAACUGGACUAUAUCCCUCACUGCAGUGGCCACGGCAAUUUCAGCCUCGAGUCCUGUGGCUGCAUCUGCGAUCAAGGCUGGUUUGGCAAGAACUGCUCGGAGCCCUACUGCCCUCUGGGCUGCUCCAGUCGGGGCGUGUGUGUGGACGGCCAGUGCGUCUGUGACAGCGAGUACAGCGGGGACGACUGCUCGGAGCUCCGGUGCCCGACCGACUGCAGCUCCCGCGGGCUGUGCGUGGACGGGGAGUGCGUCUGCGAAGAGGCCUACACGGGCGAGGACUGCAGCGAGCUGAGGUGCCCCGGGGACUGUUCGGGGAAGGGGACCUGUGCCAACGGUACCUGCCUGUGCCAGGAGGGCUACGUCGGUGAGGACUGCGGCCAGCGGCGGUGUCCGAACGCCUGCAGCGGCCGAGGACACUGCCAGGAGGGGUUGUGCCUCUGUGAAGAGGGCUACCAGGGCCCUGACUGCUCGGCAGUUGCCCCUCCAGAGGACUUGCGAGUGGCUGGUAUCAGCGACAGGUCCAUUGAGCUGGAAUGGGACGGGCCGAUGGCAGUGACGGAAUAUGUGAUCUCUUACCAGCCGACGGCCCUGGGGGGCCUCCAGCUCCAGCAGCGGGUGCCUGGAGAUUGGAGUGGCGUCACCAUCUCAGAGCUGGAGCCAGGUCUCACCUACAACAUCAGCGUCUACGCUGUCAUUAGCAACAUCCUCAGCCUUCCCAUCACUGCCAAGGUGGCCACCCAUCUCUCCACGCCGCAAGGGCUCCGAUUCAAGACGAUCACAGAGACCACUGUGGAGGUGCAGUGGGAGCCCUUUUCAUUCUCCUUCGACGGGUGGGAGAUCAGCUUCAUUCCAAAGAACAAUGAAGGAGGGGUGAUUGCCCAGCUCCCCAGUGACGUCACAUCUUUCAAUCAGACGGGACUAAAGCCUGGGGAGGAAUACAUUGUCAAUGUGGUGGCUCUGAAAGAGCAAGCCCGGAGCCCCCCUACCUCGGCCAGCGUCUCCACUGUCAUUGAUGGGCCCACUCAGAUCCUAGUUCGAGAUGUCUCCGACACCGUGGCCUUCGUGGAGUGGACCCCACCUCGAGCCAAAGUCGAUUUCAUUCUCCUGAAGUAUGGCCUGGUGGGCGGGGAAGGCGGGAAAACCACCUUCCGGCUGCAGCCUCCCCUGAGCCAGUACUCGGUACAGGCCCUGCGGCCGGGCUCCCGAUACGAGGUGUGGGUCAGCGCGGUCCGCGGAGCCAACGAGAGCGGGGCCUCCACCACCCAGUUCACAACAGAGAUUGAUGCCCCCAAGAACCUGCGGGUUGGUUCCCGCACAGCCACCAGCCUUGACCUCGAGUGGGACAACAGUGAGGCAGAGGUUCAGGAGUACAGGGUUGAGUACAGCACCUUGGCAGGCGAGCAGUACCAUGAGCUGCUGGUCCCCAAAAGCAUCGGACCAACCAGCAGAGCCACGCUCACCGAUCUGGUGCCUGGCACUGAGUAUGGAAUUGGAAUAUCUGCCGUCAUGAACUCACAGCAAAGCGUACCAGCCACCAUGAAUGCCAGAACCGAACUCGACAGUCCUCGAGACCUCAUGGUGACAGCCUCCUCGGAAACCUCCAUCUCCCUCAUCUGGACCAAGGCCAGCGGCCCCAUUGACCACUACCGAAUUACCUUUACCCCAUCCUCUGGGAUUGCCUCUGAAGUCACCGUGCCCAAGGACAGGACCUCGUAUACACUGACAGAUCUAGAGCCCGGGGCAGAGUACAUCAUUUCAAUCACAGCUGAGAGGGGCCGGCAACAGAGCCUGGAGUCCACUGUGGAUGCCUUCACAGGCUUCCGCCCCAUCUCCCAUUUGCACUUUUCUCACGUGACCUCCUCCAGUGUGAACAUCACCUGGAGUGACCCAUCCCCUCCGGCAGACAGACUCAUUCUCAACUACAGCCCCCGGGAUGAAGAGGAAGAAAUGAUGGAGGUCUCCCUGGAUGCCACCAAGAGGCAUGCUGUCCUGAUGGGCCUGCAGCCAGCUACCGAGUACAUUGUGAAUCUGGUGGCAGUCCAUGGCACAGUGACCUCUGAGCCCAUCGUGGGCUCCAUCACCACAGGAAUUGAUCCUCCCAAAGACAUCACAAUUAGCAAUGUGACCAAGGACUCAGUUAUGGUCUCCUGGAGCCCUCCUGUUGCAUCUUUUGAUUACUACCGAGUAUCCUACCGGCCAACACAAGUGGGACGACUGGACAGCUCAGUGGUGCCCAACACAGUGACAGAAUUCACCAUCACCAAACUGUACCCAGCUACAGAAUAUGAAAUCAGCCUCAACAGCGUGCGGGGCAGGGAGGAGAGUGAGCGGAUCUGCACACUUGUGCACACAGCCAUGGACAAUCCUGCGGAUCUGACUGCUACCAACAUCACCCCAACCGAAGCCCUGCUGCAGUGGAAGGCGCCCAUGAGUGAAGUAGAGAACUAUGUCAUUGUUCUCACACACUUUGCAGUUGCCGGAGAGACCAUCCUGGUUGAUGGCGACAGUGAGGAAUUCCAGCUUGUUGACCUGCUUCCUAGGACCCACUACAGUGUCACCAUGUAUGCCACCAGUGGGCCUCUCACCAGUGGUACCGUCAGUACCAACUUCUCUACCCUCCUGGAUGCUCCUGAAAAUCUGACAGCCAGUGAAGUCACCAGACAAAGUGCCCUGAUCUCCUGGCAGCCUCCCAGAGCAGAGAUUGAGAACUACGUCUUGACCUACAAAUCCACUGAUGGAAGCCGCAAGGAGCUGAUUGUGGACGCAGAGGACACGUGGAUCCGACUGGAGGGCCUGUCCGAGAGCACAGACUACACGGUGCUCCUGCAGGCGGCCCAGGACACUGCGCGGAGCAGCAUCACCUCCACCGCCUUCACCACAGGGGGCCGGGUCUUCCCUCAUCCUCAAGACUGUGCCCAGCAUUUGAUGAACGGAGACACUCUGAGCGGGGUUUACACCAUCUUCCUCAACGGAGAGCUAAGCCAGAAGUUACAGGUGUACUGCGACAUGACCACCGAUGGGGGUGGCUGGAUUGUAUUCCAGAGGCGACAGAAUGGCCAAACUGAUUUUUUCCGGAAAUGGGCUGAGUACCGUGUUGGCUUUGGGAACCUGGAGGAUGAAUUUUGGCUGGGGCUGGACAAUAUACACAGGAUCACGUCCCAGGGCCGCUACGAGCUGCGCGUGGACAUGCGUGAUGGGCAGGAAGCCGCCUUCGCCUCCUACGACAGGUUCUCUGUUGAGGACAGCAGAAGCCUGUACAAACUCCGCCUGGGAGGUUACAACGGCACUGCAGGGGACUCUCUCAGCUACCAUCAGGGCCGCCCAUUCUCCACGGAGGACAGAGACAAUGACAUAGCAGUUACCAACUGUGCCAUGUCAUACAAGGGGGCUUGGUGGUAUAAGAACUGCCACCGGACCAACCUCAAUGGGAAAUACGGCGAGUCCAGGCACAGUCAGGGGAUCAACUGGUACCACUGGAAAGGCCAUGAGUUCUCUAUCCCCUUCGUGGAGAUGAAGAUGCGCCCAUACAGCCACCGUCUCGUGGCAGGGAGGAAACGGCGGUCCUUGCAGUUCUAAGCAGUGGGCGGCUGCGAGCCAACUGACCUUUUCUGUCAUUUGUUUGUACUUUAUAAUAUGAAACAAGGGGUGGGGGACAUAGUAAUGUGCUUUGCAACAUGUUAAGAGUGUUUGAAGGAAGCGGGAUGUAGCAGGAACCAGUUGAGAAUCAGCAGCUCAUGGUUUCUGCUGCCUCCGGGCCUGCCCCUCAGUCUCCAUGCUCCCUCCUACCCAGCCAUCCCUAACCAUCCCCUCUUUUCCCACCAAGGAGGAACAGUGAGACAUUUUCUUAAAAGACCAACUCAAAACCAGAUCGUGGAGUCAGAUCGGUGACAGGCACGUGCCUUCUUUCCUGCCCUCCUUCUGAGAUGCCCUUAACUUCCAGGAACCGAGCUCUGGUCACUGCCUUCGGUGGCUGGGUUCUCACACCAGUCCCGAGAAGAAGCCCCAGCAAGAGAGCUUUGCCAACAAGUCCCCUUAAAAGGAAAUGUUUUAACCUCACCCUGUCCCAACAACCCAAGUCCUUUGUAAUGGGCCAAAGAUUCUCAUUGAACAUUCUUAGUCUUACCAGCCAAGUGUCCUCUGUCACCUUUCAAGAGGAGAGGCCUAUUUUCCAGCCAACCCAUCCUUUGCCCACUUCUAUCCUACCUUAAGAUCCCCUGAGGCCUCACAAGCCCAGCCACUGUUUUGGAUUCUAGUUCCCAAGGUGUUGCUUGCACCUGGCCUGGGCUGCACAGUGGCCGUGUGCCCGAGGGUCAUAAGUCCCUGCCGCCUCCCUCAGGUCAACUUUCUUUGAAGCUAGGAGGUGGAGAGAGUUAUGGUUCAUAGCACUUUGGGGUCAGGCACUGAGGAAAAGGCAGAAGAAACAGGUCUGGGUUCCCCUCGGAACCUGUCAUUGAGAUCACAGGUUCCAUGGGGAACAUAGAUCCCACCUAGCUCCAUUUUCUCUAAUUCUGGUCCUAUUUGUCAUGGAUUCUUUUUCCUGAAUUGCAAACUAAAGCCUCAAUUCUGAGGCUCUCAUUUCAGCCAAGCUCUCCUUAGGGCAAGCGGCUUAAUAAGAGUCAGGAGAAGUUAUAUGACCAGCCAGCCAUUCCCCUGACUGAUAAUCUCUGGGAAGAGGUGGAAUUUCAGGGUUUGGGUUUCAGUUUUCUCCUCUUUCUUUUGGUCCAGUGAGAAACAGGAAUGACCUCCUUAAUGAGGUGAGCUCACAAGAAGCCUUUCUCCAUCUUCUUUUAUUAUUCUGCCUUUGAG